UGUGACAGUCCGGAGGCCCGAACAGGGCAGGUUGUGGAAAGCGCAGGGUUUUGACAAAAAACAAGCGGCGACGGUCCCAUCGCAGGGUCUAUGGCCGAGGCUGUGAGGCCCGCGCGCCGGACCAAGGCCAAGGCCAGCCGGACUAAAGCCAAGGAAAAGAAGAAAUAUGAAAUCCUUCAGAGGGAAGAGUCCGAUGAAGUCUCCCUUCCAAAAAUCUCUAGAGAGCUGGAAAUCCCCACUGCAGCGUGUGAAUUCAAAGGAGACCAUCUGAAGGAGUUAACCGACUCCCAGCUCCAGAAUGAUGCUGGGGGACAAAAUGAGAGUGAAAUGUUUGAUGUGCCACUCACCUCCUUAACUCUAAGCAGUGAAGAGUCUCUGACUUGUAAUAUGGAGAGUCUGAAGGAGGGAGAGGAGAUCACAGCCUGUAUUGGGGAUGAUGCAGUCAAGCUAAUGGUUGAUCCUGGAGGCAAUGUUGGAACCAAAAUAGAACCCCCUGAGAACUUUACAGAAAUGGAGAAAGAUAAAUUAGUACAAUGUGGACCUUUGGAAAGCACACUGCAAUCUAAUGUUUCUUAUAUUCAGCAGGAAGUGGAAAAUUUGCAGGUCAGAGAUACUCAGAAUAGGAAAGAAGACAAAGAAGCGCUGGGUCUUUCUUCAGAGGUGCUACAGAAUGUUGGCUUGCAGAGUUCUUGUGAAGCCAAAGACAUUUUUCAGCCACCUAGACUGAAAAAACUGUAUCCCCAGUUGCCAGCUGAAAUUGCUGGGGAUGUACCAGCUUUGGUGGCAGUGAAACCCUUGCUUCGUAAUGAGCGACUCUACCCGGAGCUCCCAUCUCAACCAGAAGUAGUACCAUUUACUAAAGAACAGCUAAAAAUCUUUGAGCCUGGUUCAUGGCUGGAAAAUGUUGAGUCAUAUUUAGAAGAAUUUGACAGCAUGGCUCAUCAGGACAGGCAUGAAUUUUAUGAGUUGCUUUUGAACUACUCACGCUGUAGGAAGCAGCUGCUGCUGGCUGAAGCAGAACUUCUUGCUCUGACGUCUGAUUGCCAAAAUGCUAAAAGUCGACUAUGGCACUUCAAGGAGGAACAGUUGUCUGCACAGGGUAUCUGUGCAGAUCAAGUGAAAGUUUCAGGCCAUCAUCGCUACCAGAGAGUGGAGAUGAAUGAAAAUGCACUGGGAGAGCUAAAAAAACUGUUUGAUGCCAAAUCUGAGCACCUUCACCAGACCCUGGCUCUGCAUUCUUACACUUCUGUGCUCUCACGAUUGCAAGUGGAAUCUUACAUCUACACAUUACUCAAUAGUUCUGCUGUUUUGAGAUCUUUAGCAAUUCAUCAGGAAGGCCAAGCUUCUAAACAGGUAGAAAGCAUUCCCUCUGAUCUGUGUCAGCUGAAGGAGUGCAUUAGUGUCUUGUUCAUGUUCACCAGGAGAGUUAAUGAAGAUACUCAGUUCCAUGAUGAUGUUCUCCUCUGGCUGCAGAGAUUGGUAUCAGUGUUACAAAGAGUUGGUUGUCCUGGAGAUCACCUCUUCCUUCUAAACCAUAUUCUUCGAUGCCCGGCUGGUGUUAGUAAAUGGGCUGUUCCUUUCAUCCAGAUCAAAGUGUUGAAUAACCCGUCAGGGGUCUUUCAUUUUAUGCAGUCCCUUGCCCUGCUAAUGUCUCCUGUCAAAAAUCGAGCCGAGUUCCUGUGCCACAUGAAGCCCAGUGAGUGGAAUCCAUCUUCCUCGGGGCCUGCAUCUGGGACGUGGACACUAGUAGACGAGGGAGGAGAAGAGGAUGAAGACCCUGAGACCAGUUGGAUUCUCCUUAAUGAAGAUGACUUGAUUAUUCUUCUAUCACAGUUCCCAUUUCAUGAACUCUUUCAACAUCUUCUUGGGUUUAAAGCAAAAGGUGAUUAUUUACCUGAAACAACAAGACCUCAAGAGGUGAUGAAAAUUUUUGCCUUUGCUAACUCCUUAGUGGAACUUCUGGCUGUGGGGUUAGAAACCUUCAAUAGAGCACGCUAUAGGCAGUUUGUCAAGAGAAUUGGUUAUAUGAUCAGGAUGACCCUUGGCUAUGUGAGUGACCACUGGGCCCAAUAUGUGAGCUACAACCAAGGCUUGGGAUUGGCCCUGCAGCCCUACUCCGUGGAGAAACUACAGGUUGAGUUUGAUGAGCUCUUUUUGAGAGCCGUCCUACAUGUGCUGAAAGCCAAAAGACUUGGCAUUUGGCUGUUUAUGUCAGAGAUGCCCUUCGGGACACUGUCUGUCCAGAUGCUCUGGAAGCUCUUCUACCUCAUGCACCAGGUGGAGAGUGGGAAUCUGGAAAAGCUCUGUACUGCCCUCCCGCCUGCCGAGUGCAAGAAGCACCUCCAAGACCCGGAACAUUUUGUGAACUUUGAGAAAUGUCUUUCUUCCAUGAAUAGCUCGGAAGAGAUUUGCCUUCUAACUACUUUUGCUCAGAUGGCUCAGGCCAGAAGAACCAAUGUGGAUGAAGACUUCAUAAAAAUUAUUGUUCUGGAGAUAUAUGAGGUAUCUUAUGUCACCCUGUCCACCAGAGAAACUUUUUCAAAGGUUGGUCGAGAGCUUUUAGGGGCCAUCACAGCUGUUCACCCUGAGAUAAUUUCUGUCCUUCUGGAUAGAGUUCAAGACACCAUUGACCAGGUUGGAAUGGUUUCUUUAUACUUGUUUAAAGAACUACCUUUAUAUCUUUGGCGACCUUCUGCCUCCGAGAUAGCUGUGAUUCGGGAUUGGUUGUUGACUUAUAACCUGACAACGGUGAAGAAUAAAUUGGCCUGUGUUAUUCUGGAAGGACUAAAUUGGGGAUUUGGUGAACAGGGGACUCUUCAUCUGGAUCAGGCAGUCCAUGCUGAAGUAGCUCUAAUGAUUCUUGAAGCGUACCAGAAGUACCUUGCAGAGAAGCCGUAUGCUGGGCUUCUUUCUGAAAGUAUGAAGCAGGUUUCAUAUUUGGCCAGUAUUGUUCGGUAUGGAGAGACACCUGAGACCUCAUUUAACCAAUGGGCCUGGAACUUGAUCUUGAGGUUAAAACUGCACAAAAAUGAUUAUGGAAUACCGCAAAAUUGUGCAACUGUUCCCUUCUCCAGCACUGUGCCUGAAAUGACAGAGUCACCCACGUUUCAUCCUCUCUUGAAGGCUGUGAAGGCGGGCAUGCCCAUUGGCUGUUAUCUGGCCUUAGCUAUGACGGCUGUGGGCCACAGCAUUGAGAAGUUCUGUGCAGAAGGCAUCCCACUCUUGGGAAUUCUGGUCCAAUCAAGGCAUUUGAGAACAGUGGUCCAUGUCCUGGAUAAGAUUCUGCCUUUGUUCUACCCUUGCCAGUAUUACCUUCUAAAGAAUGAGCAGUUUCUGUCAUACCUUCUCCUGUUCCUGCACUUGGACAGCGGUGUCCCCCAGGGUGUCACACAGCAGGUCACCCACAAGGUGGCACAGCACCUAACAGGAGCCAGCCAUGGGGACAAUGUGAAGCUUCUCAACAGCAUGAUUCAGGCUCACAUUUCUGUAAGCACUCAGCCCAAUGAAGUGGGCCCGGUUGCCGUAUUGGAGUUUUGGGUUCAGGCUCUUAUAAGCCAACAUCUUUGGUACCGAGAACAACCCAUCCUCUUCCUCAUGGACCAUUUGUGUAAAACAGCUUUUCAGCUGAUGCAGGAAGACUGUGUGCAGAAAUUGCUCUACCAGCAACAUAAGAAUGCUUUGGGCUACCACUGUGACCGGAGUCUGCUCUCCUCUUUGGUGAGCUGGAUCGUGGCAGGCAACAUCACUCCUUCUUUUGUGGAGGGCUUGGCCACGCCUACUCAGGUCUGGUUUGCAUGGACAGUCCUGAACAUGGAAUCCAUCUUUGAAGAAGACUCCCAGCUCCGAAGAGUUGUUGAAGGGGAAUUGGUUAUAAACUCUGCAUUUACCCCUGACCAAGCUCUGAAGAAAGCCCAGGCUCAGCUGAAGCUCCCCAUCGUCCCGUCCCUCCAGAGGCUGCUGAUCUAUCGUUGGGCCCACCAGGCUCUCGUCACGCCUUCUGACCAUCCUCUUCUGCCGCUCGUUUGGCAGAAGUUCUUCCUCCUGUAUCUUCACCGCCCAGGACCACAAUAUGGGUUACCCAUAGAUGGUUGUAUUGGAAGAAGGUUUUUUCAAAGCCCUACUUAUAUCAAUUUGUUGAAAGAAAUGAAGAGGCGCCUGACUGAGGUGGCUGACUUCCACCAUGCUGCGAGCAAGGCCCUCCGCGUUCCAGCAGAGGGCAGUGAAGGGCUGCCAGCGAGCCAGGCUGGCACCCCUGCUUACCUUACUUCACCAGAAUUGCACACGGAACUCGUGAGGCUCUUCAAUGUAUAUAUAUUAUGGCUAGAAGAUGAGAAUUUUCAAAAAGGAGAUACGUAUAUCCCUUCUCUGCCAAAGCAUUAUGAUAUUCACAGGCUAGCAAAAGUGAUGCAGAAUCAGCAGGACCUGUGGAUGGAGUAUUUGAACAUGGAGCGCAUACAUUAUGAGUUUCAGGAAACCAUUGGUCUGUGGAUGCAGAGCAAGCUUGAGUCCCAUUCUAUACCCUGUUGUUCGUCAGCACAGCUGGACUUCACUGAUCCUUUGUUGGCUAAAGAAAGGGUUUUAAGUAACCUGCGAAAGCAUGAGGAUCCCCAGCCUCCCCUCGUUCUGUACCCAAUGAGGCCUCCUGUGCCAGUUAUUUCCUCAGCCGUGCUCCUGAGUCAGAAGGACACCACCCAGCUGGUGUGCACAGACCUGAAUCUGCUGCAGCAGCAGGCCAGGACGGCAGCUCUUCGGGAAUCUCAGCAGGUCGCGCUGGACAGUGAGCUGUUGGACACAAUGCCCAAGCAGUAUGCUAAUCGAGAAGAACAGACCACGCUACAUUUGGGGUGUAGAGGCAGCAGUGGGAAGAAGUGCCAAGGAGCAGCAGUUGUAACCGUUCAGUUUGAAGGUAUGCAUAAGAAUGAAGCAAUAAGCCAACAGCUUCAUGUUUUGCGAAAAGAAGUGAAGCAGUUGCAAGCAGAAGCUGCUAAACCACCAUCUCUUAAUGUUGUGGAAGCCGCUGUGCAUGCUGAAAACUUGAUUACAGCCUUAGUGAAUGCCUACCAGUCUCAGCCCACCCCCGGGGUUCAGAAGGUUGGCAUCAGCCUCUUCUUUACUGUUGUGGAUUAUGUCAGUGAUGAGACCCAGCGUCAUCCUCCCACAAGGCAGUUCUUCACCUCAUGCACUGAGAUCUUGGGACAGGUGUUUAUCAGUGGCACUAAGUCAGAAUGCAGAAAAGUCCUGCAGACCAUUCUGAAGAAGAGAAGGCUUUGCUCUCUCUUGUCUCCUUUCUUUACUCCCAACGCUGCUCCUGCGGAGUUCAUACAGCUGUAUGAGAAAGUGGUGAAGUUUCUGAGUGAGGACAACAGUGAUAUGAUUUUCAUGCUGCUGACCAAGUUCGAUCUUAAGCAGUGGUUAAACGCCACUAAACCUCCUCUGUCUGAUCGUACCAGCCUUCUGGAAUCCAUUCAUUUGGCACUUACGGCCUGGGGCCUUGAACCAGAUGAAGAUAUUUUGAUGCCAUUUAAUCUUUUCUGUAAGCACUGGACCUACCUUCUUCUCUACCAGUUCCCUGACCAGUACAGUGACAUUCUCAGGCUGCUGAUGCAAAGUUCCGCUGAGCAGCUGCUGAGCCCGGAGUGUUGGAAAGCCACCCUGAGAGCCCUGGGCUGCUGCUCCCCAGGCUACCAGCAGGGGGCAGCUUCUGCUGAGAGCGCGGUGCUUCAAAGCUCUCCGGAUGUUCUCUCUCCGGAUGUUCUCUUGUCAGACAAGCAGGUAAUGGAGACUAUACAGUGGCUCUCAAACUUUUUUUAUAAGCUUCGGUUAUCCACGUUGGACUUUAAAAGUUUUGGUUUAUUCUCAAAAUGGAGUCCUUAUAUGGAGGAUAUGAAGACAUUCUUGGGCUAUCUUGUAAAAAGGCUGCUUGACUCAGAAAUGACCUGCUUGGCCCAAGACCCAUCUGCCAGCAGCAAAACAGCAUUAAGAUCCCUACAUUCAGUAAUCGUCCAGCUCUUUAAGCCAUGGAUACUGGUUUUAGAGGACAAUGGAAGCAGCCAACGACAUUACCCCUGGCUGGAGAGUGAUGCUGUGGUGGCCUCAAGCAUCGUGCAGUUGUUCACUGACUGCAUUGACUCAUUGCACGAGAGUUUUAAAGAUAAGCUGUUGCCCUGUGAUGAAGGAGCCCUUCGGUUACACCUGAUGCAUUAUUGCGAAGCAUGUACAGCACCCAAAAUGCCAGAGUUCAUUCUGUAUGCUUUUCACAGUGCUUACCAGAAACUCCCGUGGAGGGACCUGCAUCCUGACCAGAUGCUCAUGGAGGCCUUCUUCAAGGUGGAACGAGGAAGCCCCAAGAGCUGCUUCUUGUUUUUGGGGUCUGUCCUCUGUGAAGUCAACUGGGUCAGUGUGCUGUCUGAUGCCUGGAGUCCCAUUCCUCACCCAGAGACCCGGAGCAUGAUUGUCUGCCUCCUUUUCAUGAUGAUUUUAUUGGCAAAGGAAGAUCAACUGGUGGACCAAACAGAUUCUCCUCUACUUACUCUCCUUGGACAGACAAGCUCACUCUCGUGGCAUCUUGUGGAUAUUGUGUCGUAUCAGAGUGUGCUAGGUUAUUUUAGCAGCCAUUACCAGCCAUCCAUCAUCCUGGCAAAGGAACCUUCUGCUGAAUUAAUUGUGAAGCUCCUAAAAGUGUCUGCAGGCCUUUCCGUUCCUACUGACAGCCAGAAACAUCUUGAUGCAGUUCCAAAAUGCCGAGCCUUCACUCAUCAGAUGGUUGAAUUCCUCAGCUCCCUGGAACAGAAUGGAAAAAUCACCUUAGCAGUCCUUGAACAGGAAAUGUCUAAGCUCCUGGAUGAUAUCAUUGUUUUUAACCCACCUGAUCUGGACAGCCAGACCCGCCACGUGGCCCUCAGCGGCCUCUUUAUGGAAGUCCUGAUGAUGGUGAACAACGCUACUGUCCCAACGGCAGAGUUCCUCCGAGGCAGCAUCCGGACCUGGAUUGGGCAGAAAGUGCACGGGUUGGUGGUUCUGCCCCUGUUAACAGCCGCCUGCCAGAGCCUGGCUUCCGUCCGCCACAUGGCUGAAACGACGGAAGCCUGCAUCACUGCUUACUUCAAAGAGGGCUCCCUCAAUCAGAAUUUAGGAUGGGGCCCCAUUCUGGUGUCCCUUCAGGUUCCUGAGCUCACCAUCGAAGAGUUUCUGCAGGAGUGCCUGUCCCUUGGCAGCUACUUGACUCUCUAUGUCUACUUGCUUCAGUGUCUCAAUAGUGAGCAGACGCUAAGGAACGAAAUGAAAGUGCUGUUUCUCUUAAGCCAGUGGUUGGAACAGGUGUAUCCAAGGUCUAUGCAGGAAGAAGCAAAGCUGUUUCUGUGGUGGCACCAAGUCCUGCAGCUGUCCCUGGUUCAGACGGAGCAGAAUGACUCAGUCUUGACAGAGUCUGUCAUUCGAAUUCUGCUCAUGCUUCAGGGCCGGCAGAGCCUGCUGGCCGAGGAGAGGCUCAGCUCGGGGAUUCUCGGGGCAAUUGGGCUGGGCCGGAAGUCUCCCUUGUCUAACAGGUUCCGAGUGGCUGCCCGAGGCAUGGCUGCCUUCCUUUUGGUUCAGGUUCCUGCUGAGGAUCAGAUCCGUUUGAAGCCUGGCUCUGAAUUACAUCUGACCCUGAAAGCCCAGCAGGCUCUGAGUGCUCUUGAAUCCUUGACAUCAAGUAAGCAGUAUGUUGAAUACCAGGAUCAGAUAUUGCAAGCGACACACUUUAUAAAGCAUCCUGGCCAUUGCCUCCAAGAUGGGAAAAGCUUCCUGGCUCUUCUUGUGAACUGUCUCUAUCCAGAAGUGCAUUACUUGGACAACAUACGAUAGUAACACUGAGGUUCUUGAUAAACCCAUUGCUGUUUAUGUUUACAUUUAACUUUGCUGUUGCACAGGUAACCUUGCUCCGUGUCACUGCAGUUUAGCCAAUGAGUUAGUUGACUGAGAUGUAAGUUGGUGGCACUAGAUAAUUCUGUUGUGCAUGUGCACAUGAGUAUGUUUGUUUCCUUAACUCUUAAAAUGUUCCAGGGACUUUGUAAUUUUUAUAUUCAUCCAACAAGAGAACUUACUAAGUUCUGCUUGGGUAGAGAGCCACUCAUAUUUGCUGAAUAUCCAGUCAUCUCAUGAGACCCCAGGUGGGGUGCUUUCGUUCGUCUCCACUUCUGUCUUUUCCUGUUUCAUUUAAAUGUCAGGACACCUGUGCCAGAUCUAAGUACUUUGGGAAUCAUGUUGAACUCCCACUCUCACUUUUGAACCCCAGUUUUGUUCCUUCAGAGUGAAAAAGCCUUGAAAAUGUCUGCAUUUCUCAAAUGUGGAGAAGUAUACCAGCUUAAUUAUAUCAUUCCUCUCAGCUGGGAGAUUAGAAUGCUGGAUGAAAGUGAGUCAUUGUCUAAAAUGUGACCACUCAGUCUUGAUUGUGGUGGGCAGCAGAGAUGCUGACAAGUCCAUUUCCAUCCAGCCGUGUGUCCUCAUGGAGAAGGAGCCACUCAUCUAACUUGGGGAUGUGUGCUGGCGGUCUGUGGGGAGCAUGUCGUGCACAGAUGUGUUUUGUUUGUUCCCCGUGGCUGAGAGUGUAGACAGGGCUUCCUCUCUCCAGUUCGCUGUAGACAUACGUUCCCUUUGGUCCUACCCCAGCCCGCUCCUUCAUUCACAUCACUUACUUGGCCCCUGUAGACAGUUAAUUUGAAACUCUUUCCAGACACCAAGUUUGAUAUCUGAAGGUCCUGGUGUUGAGAGAGACAGAGAACUUGAUUCUCUGUUUCCUGCCUGUUUCAUCACUCCAGAUUUAAACUCGGAGUUGGCAAACCUGCUGAAACACUGGUUGGUGGAAACUGGGUCAGGUCAGGAGACUUAACUGAAAUUUGGCUUUUUUUGAAAUUGCCACGUGCCUUUUGUUGUUAACAGUUCCGUUCAUUACCAAAGCCUGUCUGCAGUGCUGCCUUGUUUUGCUGCUGUCUUCUUGCUCUUGUCAUAUUCUGCCGACCCCCACCCCAGGAAUUAGCACUUUGACUUCUGUCAUUUUAUUCAUACUUCUGUUGGCUCAAAAUUGACUUUGUCCAGCUGGCAUAACGUGUCUUUUAUUUGCGGAUUAUCUGUAGCCCAAGGCUCUUUAUAAAAAUGUCUUAGUCACUGAGAGCUUUUGCAGAGGGAUCAGGGUAUAGGUUAACCAAGUGAUAAUCUCUUUCCAAAUAUUGUUUUGGGGUGCUUCCCCCAACAUUUGGAAGUGUGUAGGAGCUGUUCUUUAUUUUGAAUCUCUUUAGUUGAACAGAACAGUUCUGCCCAUAGACACGCUCUGGUAAAGAUCUUCCCUGUUAGCCUCCAAGUUCUGUAGGCCACCAAGUGUCCAUCUCUGACGGACGCAUCUCAGAGCUUUCCUUGUUACACAUUUUAGAAGCUGUGGACAGUUCCAUGGCUGAUUUGGCAACAAAAGUUUUAUGACAGGAAAUAUUCUGCGUGCUGUUUUCUUUGAGGAGAAUGUCUUUGUUGCCAUCCUAGAAUGUGAAAUUUUUGAGUGACAGUACGUAAAUUUAAAGAAAAUUAUGUUUUAUCUCUUAAUUUUUGAAGGUUUAUACUAUUUAUAAUGUAUUUGCUCUGUAAAAGUUAUAAAAAAUAAAUCAGUCUUUGGUUGUAGCUGGUAAGAAUCUGAUUUUCAGGGAUAGCGCACUAUCUUGUAAAGUAUUUCAGUUGUUAAAGUUGAUGCACAUUUUUUAUGCCUGAUGUCAUCUAUUUUUUUUGACACUGUAACUUGAUCAUCAGAGAUGGUUGGUAAAAGUACUUCCUCUUCAUGCUUAACAGUGGAAGGUUUACUCACCACAUAGGUUCCUGUGAGAGGCUCUGGCUAAGAAAUUGCUUUAAUGACACUGAGAAGGUAGCAACAUUGCUGUAGCCUCCUGGAAAAGAACAGACCAGUCUGCCCCACUGGCUUUCAGGAAUAAUGAGCCUUUGCUGGCAAAAUAGUCACCGCCAGAGAGCGCAGAGCCAGUUUCAGAGACAGUUACUGGUGCUGCAUGUGGAUACCUGGGUCAGUAAGACCAAGGCACCUGUGUGCCUGAGCGGCAUUGAAGGUGAACUAGCAGAGACUUUCCCUGCACGUGGCCAGCAGUGGCUUCUGGUUCAGAUAGGGAUGAGGGAUGCUGAGCAGCUUCCUGGGCUUGAUGAAAAGCACCUCUUCCGCUUCUCCACUCGCCUUUCUGCAGUUCACAAGGGAGGGGUCAGAGAGGCACACUCGAACCCCUAAUCUCCUGCUCCCCCACCUCACUCUGCAGAAAGCCGGAGACACAGACACCGAGGGAGGGAGGUCCUGCUGAUGCGUCUGCUCAGCCUGAAGGAGCCAGGACCCACCCUCCAUGUUCCCAGAGCUCCUGGGCACAGCUCACUUCAUAGUCUUAUGGUCAGUCUGUUGACCCAGUCACGUCUGCCUCCCCGUGGUUGCCUGGGUCUCUCAGUUCUUUGAGGUGGGGGAAGCUGAGUCCAGAAAAUGAAAACCCCUGAGCAGCCCAACCUCUCUUUAACCUGGUGUCAACCCCCUUCCUCCUAGUCCGUGUGUCCAUGUAGUGCAAGUGAGAGUGUCCACGCCCUUUCUUCCUUUUGAGUGAAAGUGAGACACAGUUUUCUAUUGGAUUUUUAAACCUAAGAUGAAUUAUUUCUGGAGCAGCAAGCAGAUGUUAUAGAAUCAUGACUUUUGGAGUCAGCAGGGGCAUUAAAGCGCAUCUGGUCCCACCUCUCACUCAGCAGGGAUCCCAGUCCUGAUCCUCCAGCCUCUCCUCUGCCUUUUCCUGUGGCCACUGGCCCAGCCCCUCAUGGACAAGCCCAAGUGGCCGUGGGCGAGCUCUGUUUGUAAAUCUGCUUCAUACUGGGAUUCUGCUUCACACUGGGCUGAAACUGGCCUCCUGGUAGCACUGGUCACGGUUCUGCUGGGGCUGCUCUCCUGCCCCCUCAUGACAGACCUUCAGACCUUUGGACAUCUUCAUACCUCAUCACACCUCUGACCCUGCCCAUCCACCCACCCCUCAGCCUUCUUCAGGCUAAAUGCCUAGGGCCCUUAGUUAGUCCUUUUCCCCCACGAUGUCUGCCAGCACUGCCCUUUGGGAAAACUGCCCAAAUUUAGCCCAUGUUAUUAGAAGAGGGCCAUGCCCAGAAAUAGCAGGGUCAGGACUUGGGUGAAACAAAUGAGGCACCCAGGGGACGCAUGUGAGGUGGCACUCGCCUGCAGGCGCCGAGAGAGUGUGCCUCUUUAGGUUUUGUGCCCUCAGCCUGGUCUCUGCCUUGGGGGUUGGCCCCAGUAGUGUGUGUCAAGCAGCAAAGCUCGCUCCUCUGGACACGUGGGCAGCAUCAGCUCUCAGCAGCUGUGCCCUCCAGUUGGCACAUUCAGUCAGUGGCGAGUCAAGCUCCAGAGCUUGGUUUAUCACCAGUUGCAGGUCUAACAAUAAGGCACUUUGCACUUAUCCUUCAAAACUGUCUGCUCUGCAUUUUGGACCGACUUUACCCCUUAUUCUGAACUAGUAAAAUUUUAUUUUGAGCUGAAGCAUUUUCUCCUCAGUUAACUUUGUUUUAUUAAAGUAGAGUGUAUAAAGUUGAAAAUAAGCAUGUUGCUUUAAAAAACAAAAGUCCUCUCCUGUCAUCUUCACUUUGCAUCUGGGUUGUACUGGAUAAAGUUCUUGGCAUCCAGCCAGGCACUGAUACCGACUUUGUUCUGAUCUGUGAUCGUCCUGGUCCAUGAUGACCCUUUCAUAUUAUAGAGGCAUCAUGUGUCCUCUGUAGUUGAAGUUUCCUUCAGUCUAAAUAGUUUCCUGAUUUCUGAUGACAAUAACUUGAAAAAAAAAAAAAAAGAAAAACUACUGACCCUAUUUUGGGGAAAUGAAACCACUAAGGAAUGUUGUUCAUUAUAACUUUAAUUUUUUAUGUACAGAUGUAAUAUCUCCUGAGCACUGAGGGUUAGGAUUUAUUUUUCUUUCAAUGGCUUAAAUCACUCAGGUCGCAGCAAACACUUCUUAAAUGUGUUUAACUCUUUUUUUUCCUUCCAACAUGCCUAGUGUGGCCUUUAAAACCACAACUUAUUUUGGUCAUUAAAUGUGCAAUAUUCACUUCUUAUUCAUUGUUGACAUUUUACAUGCUUGUUCAAAGGAUGAGUUUUUAUAUAAUGAUGAGACAGGAAGAAAUGAGAAUUGGUUAAGUAAAAUUCUGCAAAUAAACUAAAAUCAAAUUGAA